AUCAGCAAACACACUCAUCGCAAUGACACUUACAGUUUGCGACGUGUCUGACAAAGACAUCCUCCGAGCGUGCGAGAUCGAGUUUGUUGCCUACAAGGACAGCCCUCUUGCACCCAUACUCCUAUCUGGCCCACUUCCCCCAGAUGCCGUGCAACAAAGAGCACGGGAACUGACAGAAUUGAGGGAAAAAGACUCCACCGUUCACUACCAGCAGUGUCGCGAUGAGGCUACGGGGAAGAUGGUGGCUUUUACGAAGUAUGUUAUCGUUCAGAAUCCGGAUGACGUAGCUACCCCUACAGAUCCACCGCACAUCGGGCCUGGCAGAAACGUGGAAGCGACUCUGAUGUACGCUGGUGGUUUGGCGGAGAAAAAAAGGGAGAUCUUAGGAAACAGGCCGCACAUGUACCUUCAUCUACUACACACCGACCCCGAUCAUCAAGGCCGCGGUGCAGGAAGCCUCCUUCUAGACUGGGGUAUCAAGCGAUCAGAUGAGCUGGGCCUUCCCAUUUAUCUGGAAUCUAGUGCUGCCGGCCAUCGCUUCUACCAGAACCGUGGCUUCAAAGACGUGGAAUUCCUCACAGUCAACUUCACGCCUUGGGGUGGACCUAUCCACCAGCAGCCUUUGAUGUUGCGCGAGCCUUUGCAGCGAUAAUCAAUGCGAGUUUUUGUCAUGGAAGCUGAUCCGACGCGCCAGUAUUCGGUUUCAUAGCACCUUUUACAUACCAUAGAGAAUUCCCAAAGGUGUGAUUCCA